AUGGCGUUUCACAAGAGAGUUAUUCUGCUGCUUUUCGUGGUGCUUUUCAAUGAGGCUGAAUCUCAUUCGUGGGUCAGUUGUCCAAGGUAUCAUAGCGAACCUUUUUCUGUUAUAGCUGGUUCUGAAUCACCUAACUUGACUUCUCAAAUGAAUUUAAUUGCUAACAAAGAAAUUGUGGAACAACCUUCCCAAACAAUAUAAAGAGCCUCGACCUAUUUUUUCAAAUCAAUAUUAAAUAAAAAAAAACUUCCUACAAAACAAUCAUCCUCUUUUAUUCAGAUCAUUCGAUCCCAGUCCUUACCGCGGUGGCAAUCAAGUUGGACCCUGUGAAAAAUGGUAUCAUGGUGUUGUGAAUCCCGUCAAGGCUGGAGAUAGAAUAAAGGUAGGCAACAAGUCUGCCAACAAGCGUCAACAAGUUGUGUUCGCAAUGGCCCGGCCUCACUAAAUCUCUAGGAAAAACAGUUUACAAGUGAUAGAUAAACCAAUACAGUGUAAAAGUUCCUUUAUAGUUCAGAUUCUUUCAGUAAUAAGCUUGAACCGAGAAAGGGUGGCCUUUUCUGGAUCACUAAAGCCUGUUUUCCACUUCAAUAAUUGUAACGUACCGUAGCAUUUUCUUUUGCGUCGAAGUCAUUAGUUCCACACUAUACCACUGAAGAAACAAAGAAAUACGCAACGUUUCGGUACGAUUGAAGUGGAAAGUGUGAAUUAUUUUGAGCAAUUGAAAAUGAGCCCUAAACAAAAGUUAGAUAACUUUAAAUAUUGUUGAAACGAAAUUAGGAACGUGCUAGAAGUUAUGUAGUGGAAGAUUAAUAGCAUUCAACAACAUUUUUUUUUGUCUAAAACAUGGAAUUUCAUACAAUUUGUAACGAGCAAUUUUGUUAGAUCAUGAAGUGCGACUUAUUUCAAUUGCUCAAAAUAUAUACUUCACACUUCAUUGUAUCCCGCGGGUAAGCGGGACCAUAUUAUAAACUGCCCUAAGAACAGCAGUUUAGAACUUAUAGAGCUAUUCAUAUAAAUACAAUUAGUUUGGUUUAGGUUUUCGUCUAUUGUAACACUAUCUUUCAAUAACAAAUGGGAAUAGUCCUGGGAAGAGGAGCCUCUAGAAAAACAGUCUGAUCAAAGUACAGAAUAAGCGACAAGUAGAAAGGAUAUUUUUUGUGUGUGUUAGUGUUAUGUACACAGGUGAAUGUGAUGUUUGUGGUGUUACUCUGAGUGUGCAUCCGAUACACCGGGCAAGCUGAAAAGUUUGCCCGACCACGGUUGGAAUCGAACUCGCGACCUUUGGGAUACUAGUCCAAUGCUCUAUACCAACUGAGCUACGAGGUCAAGUCGGUUCGAAUCAAUUGGUGAUACUUCGGAACUGAGUCUGGUUCCUUCGAUAUCAAUGUAUUAAGGCAUGCUUAUUUUAGGUUGGCUGGACGUCCAAUAACCACGGAGGUGGCUACGUCCGUCUUGCCUUGGUCCCGGAGUCUGAGGUCAACAACCGUGAAGCGUACAAGAAAAAUGUCCUGAAGUUCACGUGUUACGGGCAUGAUCAACGACCUGGUCGCUAUGCAUAUGGUGACUGCAAACAUCCUUGUAAUGCAAGACCUGGGUGCGAAUAUCAGUCUGGUAUGUCAUGGAAACAUUAGAACUAUAUCAUUGAUCUCGCCUUACUCUACCUUGUGUUGCGUUGUCUUGUCUUGUCUUGUCUUGUCGUAUCGUGUUGUCUUGUGUGUUGUGUCUCGUGUGUUGUGUCUCGUGUGUUGUGUUUCGUGUGUUGUGUCUCGUGUGUUGUGUCUCGUGUGUUGUGUCUCGUGUGUUGUGUUUCGUGUGUUGUGUCUCGUGUGUUGUGUCUCGUGUGUUGUGUCUCGUGUGUUGUGUCUUGUCGUGUCUACGUCGUACCAAGGGCAUUUUACUUCCGCGUUUGGAUAGAAAAGGCCAUGUAAAUGAGAUUGAUUGCUUAUUGAACCAAAUUUUUGAUUCUGUGUUACUACAGGACGAAUGCGAAACUAAACAAACUUUGUUUAUACUAGAUAGCUCAAUUAGUUUUAAACUCUUCUCCCUGGAGGUCCAGUAAGAACCAUCUCUUAUGGUGUUUGGAAGAAUCGAAUUGGAAGCACUUUACUCGCAGGCUUCUGAGCCAAAAUUGUAAUCGGAAUCGGACCCCGAAUUUAAUAUCAAACCUAUAAUUUCUUCAUAUAUAGAAAAGGAAGACGUUGAACGAUACGAUACGACUCUCACAAUUCCCUACAACCUAAAAGACGGUGUCUAUGUCUUACAAUGGAUCUCAUUGGUUGGCAACAUCAAAGAACCAUACUACAGUUGUGUCAAACUGAAGGUCAGUGGCGGGAACCCUAAUAUGAACUGUCAUUGCAGUGACCCAAUCCCUACCGCUAAAUGUCAUCGCUCAGGUGGGCCUGCAAUGGAUGUGAUCUCCAAAGGAACCCGGAGAGGAAAGUUCUGUUUCCGAAAAGAUGGUGUCGGACAUGUCGACGAGAAUAUCCGACAAGUUCCGAUCAAUGUCGACUGUGAUCCGAGGAUCACAUGCCAAUUGUCUAUAUGGGAUGGUUGUAAAAAUGAACUCACUGGAAUCGAG